AUGAUGUCAUACCUCAAACAGGCCCCGUACGGCAUGAACGGAAUGGGGCUCAGCGGUACGGCCAUGGACCUACUGCACCCAUCAGUGGGGUAUCCAGCGCAUCCGAGGAAACAGCGGAGAGAGAGGACAACUUUUACUCGUACUCAGCUGGACAUUCUGGAGUCACUUUUCGGCAAGACGCGCUACCCAGACAUUUUCAUGCGGGAAGAAGUCGCACUGAAAAUCAAUUUGCCUGAGUCUAGAGUCCAGGUAUGGUUCAAGAACAGGAGAGCCAAGUGCCGUCAGCAGGCCCAGAGUGGAAACAAUGCUAAAGUCCGGCCUGCCAAGAAGAAGUCCUCUCCAACCAGGGAGAGCACAGGCUCAGAGAGCAGUGGUCAGUUCACCCCUCCGGCAGUGACCAGCACCGGCUCCUCUUCCUCUUCCUCUGCCUCGUCCGGUGGCUCUCAUCCCUCCGGCCAUGGAGGCCAAGGCCUGAGCAGCACUUCUACCUCCGUCACAGCCCCAGUGUCCUCCAUCUGGAGCCCUGCGCCCAUCUCCCCGGCCCCCGCACCACCCCCUGUCCCCGACCCCACUCCCCCCACCAGUGCCUCCUGCAUGCAGAGGUCUGUGUCAGGUACUGGAGGCACGUCCUCCUACCCAGUGUCCUACAGCCAGACAGCGGCGGCCUAUGGGCAGGGCUACCCCGCCCCGGCGUCAACGGGCUCCUACUUCGGAGGGGUGGAAUGCAGCUCGUACCUGGCCCCCAUGCACUCUCACCACCACCCCCACCAUCCGCACCAGCUCAGCCCCAUGACGGGCUCCUCCAUGUCUGGCCAUCCACACCACCACAUAGGGCAGACCUCAGGGCACCACCACCAUCACCACCCCCACCACCACCAGGCCUACAGCGGGGCCGGGCUGGCCUUCAACUCCUCAGACUGUCUGGAUUACAAAGAACAAACGGCCGCGGCCGCAGCCUCUUCCUGGAAGCUCAACUUCAACACCACCGACUGCUUGGACUACAAAGACCAGGCCUCCUCCUGGCGGUUCCAAGUCUUGUGA